GGGGCCACAGCCUCCCUGCCCACUCAGGCGGUGCGUACGCCCCUGCCACGCGCUGCCGUGAUAUCUGCGCUCCUCCAGCGGCUCAGUGCCGUGAACGGCUGGCCGCAGCUCCUGCAACAACGUGGAGGCAAGAAUGAGAGUGGGGCUCCUCUCCAUCAGAAGAACCUGAUCGUGUGGACAGACACAUUAUUCCUCGCUUGUCUCUAAAACCACAUCAGCGAUGGCGAUUGAUUGUGCAGCUGUGCGGACGCGACUCGUCGUGGUUCUUUUUACAUUCACGGCGUUGUGGGGAUUUACGCUCUCCAUCACGCGGUACUCCAUACCGGAGGAAAUGGAAGAGGGGUCCUUUGUUGCAAAUUUAGCGACAGACCUGGGUCUGGAUGUCCGCAGUCUGGAGGAGCGCAACGCCAAGCUCGAUGUCAUCCACGGUAAAAAUUACCUCGACAUCAACAAAGACACGGGAGAGUUGAUCAUCCGCGAGAAGAUGGACCGGGAGGUUAUAUGCAUGACGAAGACGACCUCAUGCUUUCUGAAAAUGGAAGUCGUACUCUCAAACCCGGUUCGCAUUUUCAACAUCGAGCUGGAGAUCAUGGACAUCAAUGACAACGCGCCCGUGUUCCGCAGGAAGACAAUGCACUUGGACGUCUCGGAGGCAACCCCUCCUGGAGAGAGAUUCUCACUGACGAACGCCGUGGAUGCGGAUGUGGGGGCCAAUUCAAUCAAGACCUACUACCUGAGUGAGAGCAAAUACUUCGGCAUUGACAUUCAAACCGGCAGCGAUGGGUCUAAAUAUGUCGAUCUGGUCCUCAAUGGUAAAUUGGACAGAGAAGAGCAUGCGGUUCAUAAUCUGAUCCUCACUGCUGUGGAUGGAGGGGUGCCUCCCCGCUCUGGCACCGCCAGCAUCAUUGUUAAUGUCCUGGAUAUCAAUGACAACGCCCCCCUGUUCAGUCAGCCGGUUUUUGCAGUCAAUGUCUCAGAAAACUCGGCACCAGGGACAGUAGUCAUGGUCCUUAACGCAACGGAUUUGGAUGAAGGCUCCAACGCCGAGCUAAUAUACUCCUAUACACUUUAUACCUCAGAGAAGACGCAGGAGAUCUUUUCUCUGGAUCCAAACUCAGGUGAGAUCAAAGUGAAGGGGGUGAUCGACUAUGAAGCCAGUCAAAGUUUCGACAUGUACAUCCAGGCUCAGGACAGGGGGUCCACUCCCCUGUCAGGACACUGCAAGGUGAUGGUGUUCAUCACAGAUCUGAACGAUAACCACCCCGAGGUUACCAUCAAGUCCUUGAAAAGAGCGGUAGCAGAGGAUGUCUCUGUAGGAACCCUGAUCGCAGUGGUCAGUGUCAGUGACAAAGAUUCUGGAAUGAACGGAGUAGUGGACCUCACCCUCAACCAGCAGGACAUCUUGCCAUUCCUCCUGAACAAGUCCUCAGAGGACUACUUUGAGCUGCUGGUGUCAAAGCCAUUGGACAGAGAGGUCGUGAGUAAAUAUGAAAUAGUAUUAAUAGUAACAGACAGAGGCGUGCCCCCUUUAUCAGAUAAUGAGACCAUUACGUUGGAGAUUUUGGAUGUCAACGACAACGCUCCCACAUUCUCAGAAUCUGUCUUCACGAUCCACGUGAUGGAGAACAACCCACCAGGGACGUUAUUGACCUCCCUAAGUGCAUUUGACCCAGAUCUCAACGAGAACCAGUAUUUAGUGUAUUUCAUAAUGGAGAAAGAGAUUGUUAACAUGUCCAUGUCCAUGCUGUUCUCCAUCAAUCCCGAAAACGGGGAUCUUUAUGCAAUGAAGACCUUUGAUUAUGAGAGAGAGAGGGACUUCCUGUUCCACAUUGAAGCAAGAGACUCGGGCAUUCCCCCACUGAGCAGCAACACAACCGUUCACAUUAUCAUCCUGGACCAGAAUGAUAACACUCCUGUAAUUGUGUCACCUUGGCGAGCGCAGGGGUCCUUGGUGGAGGAGGUGAUACCGAGGUCCACAGAAAAGGGUCACAUGGUUGCCAAGGUAGUUGCUGUGGAUGCAGAUUCGGAGCAGAAUGCCAGGGUCACGUACCAGCUCCUGCAGAUCAGCGACGCAUCCCUCUUCAGCCUGGAUCAGUACAAUGGUGAAAUUCGAACAACAAGAAUGUUUAGCUAUAGAGACCCGAGACAACAAAGGCUGGUUGUUGUUGCUAAAGACAACGGUGAACCUUCACUCUCUGCUACCGUCACCAUCAAGAUAUCAACAGUGGAACAUGCCAUGCCCUUCUCAGAAACAACAGAGUUACCUCUAGAGUAUGACGUCUUCACAAACCUGAAUCUUUACUUGGUGAUUGGUUUGGGAGCGGUGUCAUUUCUGCUGCUGAUAACCAUUUUGGUUAUUAUUGUCCUCAAGUGUCAAAAGCCAAAGCCAAAGGCCAUCAAGAUCCCCCCAGCCAAUAGAAACAGUGUGGUCAGCAGGAACAGCGUGAUCAGUCAGAGAAGCUCCACCAUUGCUGACUCCACCCUGAUCUCCAGUGAUGCCUACUGGUAUAGCUUGUUCCUUGCAGAGACCAGGAAGGGUAAAGUGGUGGUUCGACAGCCGAUAAUUCCCAAAGGUGCUGGGUAUUUUGUAUCCAGCAUACCCAGGAGCAUAGGUCCCAGCGAAACCACGGACUCCAGAGCAUCCACGCUGGAGUACUCAAAAUGAAAGGAAGUCCAACCUACAACUGGAGGAUCCCAGAAGACAGCUGCGGGGAUAGAAUCUUCUCUUCGCAGGAGUCUCUGGCUGAAACGUUCCUCCCACAGAAGAUUUCAAACUCUUGUCCUCCCUCACUGCCUCCUCUGCAGCUCAUGGUUCCCUCUGGUUCCGGCAAUCCCACACACUGACGUCACCUCGGAUUUUCUACCAUUGUAAUCCCUGAAGCAUGAAUCUGCAUGGUUCUUCCUCAAGUUAUUUGGACUGCUAAUCUUUUGAAUCAGGAUGUCUGGACAUUUCUAAAAGAGAAAGUAUCGUUUAGCAAAUAACUUUUUGCUUAAGCAUCUCAUUGGAUAAAUUCUGUCUUCUCUCCAGGGAUCAUGUGAUGUGCUGUAGAUCUAGAAGCCAUCAGUUUUUCACUUUGUGCUUAUGCUGCCAUUGUGCUACCUUCAUCUUUUUUUAUACGAAAACACGCCUAUGAACAACUAUGUGAAUCAGGGUAACCUUGCUUCUUCCAUCGAUCGUGAAAAAAUCCUGAACUGUAGCUAGUUUUGUUCUGGAUUCAAACCGUUGACUGUAUAAGAAAACUGGACCGAGUGACUUUUUAGAGUUCUAAAAAUAAAGUAUCUGCUGGCUCCAAGAAGCCAAAAUCCCAUAGGCUUCUAUUGAGAAAUAAAUAGCUUUUUACUCUGUCAUUAAGUCAGAAUCUUGUUCUGCUAGUUUUUUUUUUAAACAUGUUCUUGCUAAUCCUGUUUUUUUUUUAAUUUUUUUUUUCUAUAGUUCCAGUUAUUCAAGUAAUUGAGUGGUCAAUCAGAUGUCUCAAAUGUUCAAAACGUUUGACAGAUUCUACCGAGCCUGCUUUCAGUGGAAGGGGUGUGGUCUACUAAAAACCUCACUCCUGAUUGGCGAGUUGUCAUAGAAACAUCGACCAAUAACUGCUUACUGAAGUCCUCUGGUAACAAAUAACGGCGCCGGAUCACAAAAAAUGGUAUCUGAAUGGACUUUGUUUCGUUGAAACCGAAAAUAAGCUGUUUUCUGUGGGUGAUGAUGUCAAACUCACUCAGUCCAAUUCUCUUAUACAGUCAAUGAUUCAAACCCUGCACUUGGUGUUCUAAUUAUUAUCAGGAGCACUUCCUGACAAUAACCAAUAGUGAUUCAGUUUGUAUUAUUUUGUGCUCAACCAGUUCUGAAUGUUUUGACAAAAAAGAAUGAAAGAUAACUGCUAAAUGCAAACAAAAAAAAUCUUUUUUUUAUUGUUUUUUUUUCACAUCAUAGAAAAUGUAGAUCUGUAGAUGAGGACAGAGAGGCAAAACGAGUUUAAUGGACACAAGUGCGAUCCAUAUCUCAGCGUAAUAGACAUGAGUUGCACUAUAGGAUUUAAUUCAACAGCGUCAAAUCAAAUCUGGUUUACAUUUGCGGACUCUCUGCUCGUAUGGAUGGGAGAGGGAGGCAUGUGUCACACACUUACAAAGGUGGCAAGAGUUGAAGUCACUCCGACAUAAUGAAAUACACUAUUAGGUCAGCAUCAAACAGCAAUUCUGCUCUUUCUGUUAAGAAACUCUUACUUACUAUAAGCUAUUUUCAUCUUUUCUCUAAAAGCUAGUAAAAUCUUUAUUCAUUCAAAAAAAUAAAUCAGGUGCAAGUUUUAGAUAUAAUUGAAAAAAAAAUAAUCUUGAUAAAAGAAAAUCAAAUGUAUUUAUCGUUGCCAGUUAACAGAAGGGAACAGUUGUGCUUGAAGUUUACAUAUUCUGUCAGAGAAACUCAGUAUUAGACAAAUUCAACCCAAAAAAUUAUUUUUUUUUUCAAUCUAAAAUAUAACUGCAUGUUUGACCCAAUUAAGUAAAUAGCCACAUUUACUUUAGCAUGUUAUUAAGGAGGAUAUUUGUUAUUGUAAUCAUCUAAUAUGUAUAAUUUGAGUAAAAUCUUUGCCCAAUUCUUUCAGGGUUAGCCACUGUAAAGGGAGGCGAAAACAGCCGCAAAAGAUGAUUACUGAUCUAAAAAUGAAAAUAAUACAUAAAAAAGGAUGAAUUUAAAACAAAAAAAUCACAAUACCUGAAUAUGGUGUUGCUAGUUUGGAAAAGAAAAUUAAAUAUUACAAAUUUAUGCUGAGUUUUUUGACAAUAUAUAUAUAAACGUAAAAUCUCUUUAGCUUAGUUUUAUUUACACCAUAAAAAAGCGAAUCAUUGGAUCAAUUAAGAAAAUUUCAGUUUUUUGGGUUGAUGGUUUACACAGCUCAAACAUUGAAUUAGAUAAAUACUAAUAUUUGUACAGAGCUUUUCUUAAUUGAUCAGACAUUUUAUUUUUUACAGUGUAAAGUCCCACAAAAACUAUAUGUUUACUAUCAUUUCCAGUGGUUUUUAACUUAUGAUUAUGCAGUUUUAUUCAGGACAAUCUGAAUAAAGAAACACUCAGAAAGCAGUUUUAAUCGUAAUUCCUUUUAUAUAUGUCCUUCUUUAUGAGAAAAGUGCAACAAGAAGAUGUUAAAACAUGAUUUUGAUUGUAGUGGGUCUUUAAUGAGUUCAUAGCUCUUUAUUUCUUUAAAAUAAUAUAAUAAUAAUUCUAACAAACGUCUAUCUCUGUCGAGGUGUUGUAAAGUUACAAGCACAACUGUUAUAAGGUUCAGGCAAUACGUGGUUUUAUAAAUAUUACUGUUUUAUAUAUCUAUAUUUUAUGUAUUGACUUUAAUUGCUGCUUUUGUGAGCUUCUUUAAGGGCAUUUUGUGUUGCGUAUUUGUGUUGUGGUGCGUAUGACGUUAUUUUGAGGGUGUACGUAACUUUAAAACAGAAUGGAACAGGAGUCUUGACCUGGAAGAAAGUGACCGCUUUCCAAACCAGGACUUUAAUUACUCGGAGACAAGGGGGCUUAUUCAAAGCUCCUAUUAGGGUGCUUAAUGAUAAAAGUGAACGACAGGAAGCUGAGAGACCGGAUUAUGAGGAGAACGAACAACAGUGUUAAUUACAGUACUCUAAUGCUGACUCUGCAUACAGUGUAAAAUAUUUAUUAAGCAAAUGACAGCACUUUGAAGUCACUGUGUGCGAAGUAUUGCAUCCUGCACUCUGAGUCAGUGAAAUCUAACCUCCCCUUUCUUCUGUCUAGGCUUUCCACCUUAAAUAGCUUUCUGUUAGACUGAAGAUGUAAGGUGAGGAGGGAUAUCUUGCUGUGAGGUACACACGGCGUGUGCAGUCCCUGCCAGAACAAACAGAUUCCAACAGUGUUUUCAGGUUUCCUAGAUUGCACAUUCGAUGAGCUCCUUGCGUGCCUUCUGCAUUGCAAAAGAUGACUGUUGACAACUGAAAUAACGGCGUUUCCUUUAGCAUAGCGAACGUUCCUCCCCCGACAAUGUGGUUUCUAGAACUGCGUAUUGCGAGGGGCCUUUUUUUGGAGUCGGAACAGAUUGCGCUCGGCUAAAAUAAACCAGGAGAGGCAUUCAUUGUAAAUCGAAACCUCUUUCUACUUUGUGUUUUUAUACGGUAGACCUUUUUGAUAUCUUCUGUAUUCACUGUGAUGGGAGUGGCACAGGAGGUGCUGCUUUUCCGUUUAGUCAAAGUGAGUUGUUUCUCAUUUGUGUCUGCAGUUUUUUUUUUUUUCACAAAUACUCUGCCAGACUGUACAGCAUGCUUUGAGAGUUUCAUCAAAGUGUUCUGCACUUCCACUCACCACAUCAAAGUGCGGCUGGGAACGGUCUGGCUUUAUUUUCAAGUCUAGUUAAUUGACAGAUUUUGAUGUUGCUUAUUUGGCUUAAAUGUACUGCCUGAUCAUGCUAGUUUGAAUAAAGCUUUUUAAUCCGUC